GCCAGCAAGCAGAUCUCAUCAGAGCUGAAAAUACAAGCACACGUGUGGCAGGAAUCACUCAAUGGGAGAGACAUUUUAAUAUCUCUCUCAUGCUUCUGCUUUUCUUUCAACAUGAGAAGACUGAUUGCAAUUCAGACGAUCCUGUCAAAGACAACUCGCUUCACAAGACUGUUGUUGUAAAGAAGAAAUUUAGAGAAGACUUUCAUGUAAGUCGCCUUAAGCUCCCAAAGGAAUAGGAAUAGUCAGAUAAAAGAUAGAUGGUGACAGCAUUUCAAUAACUGACAGAUAUUGAAAAGCUAGCCAGUGUUAGUCCUGGGAGGAUUUGGAUGGAAAGCCACCAGAAUCAUUUGAGAUCCAGGCAGCACACUAGCAACAACAGCAACAAUAACAACAACAACUUCCUUGCAGUUUCAGUAUCCCUUUAAAAAAAAUUAACUUCACUGAAUCCAUGUCAUGGAUGGAAGGAAGCAAAAUGAAGAUCGUGAGCAGAGAAUUUCAUUGCUGUCUCAUGAAAACUGUCAAUAUAUGAACACAGACCUACCCAUUGAUCGGUUCACUUGUUCUCAGAAGCAUGCUUGCACUGUAUUCAGAUUGGUAGAAUUUCUCUAGGAUCUGCCUCUCUAUAGCCAGGUGGAGAGCCGGCUGCUGAUUCCUCUUCAAGCUCAGAACCUAGAUAAUGCGACGUGUUCACUGCCACUGAUAAUGACCAUGACCCUUCACACAAAAAGCUCCGGCGUUGCCUUAUUGCACCAAAUACAAGGCAAUGAAUUAGAGCCUCUCAACAGACCACAGCUGAAGAUUCCUCUGGAACGACCGAUAAGCGAAAUGUACGUGGACAGCAGCAAGACUGGGGGGUUUAACUACCCAGACGGUGCUGCCUACGAUUUUUCCACUGCCGCUCCAGUGUACAGCUCAAGCAGCCUCAGUUAUGCCCCUAACAGUGAAUCGUUUGGCACCAGCAGCCUGGGAGGAUUUCAUUCCCUGAACAAUGUUCCCCCAAGCCCUGUUGUCUUUUUACAGUCGGCUCCACAACUUUCACCUUUUAUUCAUCACCACAGCCAACAGGUACCUUAUUACCUUGAGAAUGAAGCAGCCAGUUUUGCCAUGAGGGAAGCUGCCCCAACAGCGUUCUACAGGCCUGGCUCGGAGACCAGACGUCACAAUGGCAGAGAGCGAAUGACUAGCACCAGUGAAAGGGGAAACCUGUCUAUGGAGUCUGCCAAGGAAACCCGCUAUUGUGCUGUUUGCAAUGAUUAUGCCUCUGGCUACCAUUAUGGGGUUUGGUCCUGCGAGGGCUGCAAAGCCUUUUUUAAAAGGAGCAUUCAAGGUCACAAUGACUACAUGUGCCCUGCUACCAACCAGUGUACCAUUGACAAGAAUAGAAGAAAAAGCUGCCAGGCUUGUAGGCUCCGAAAAUGCUACGAAGUUGGAAUGAUGAAAGGUGGAAUUCGAAAAGAUCGCAGAGGUGGCCGAAUAGUGAAGCACAAACGUCAAAGAGAAGAACUUGAUAGCAGAAACAUAGGCACAGUAGCAGAGGCAAGGAGCCCAAAUCUCUGGCCAAGUCCACUAAUGAUCAAACAUAGUAAAAAAAACAGUCCAGCCCUCUCCCUCUCUGCAGAUCAGAUGGUUUCUGCUUUGCUAGAGGCAGAACCUCCUGUGGUCUAUUCAGAAUAUGAUCCUAACAGACCCUUCAAUGAAGCUUCAAUGAUGACGUUGUUGACCAACCUUGCUGAUCGAGAACUGGUUCAUAUGAUCAACUGGGCCAAAAGAGUUCCAGGCUUUGUGGACUUAACACUCCAUGAUCAAGUUCAUCUACUAGAAUGUGCCUGGUUAGAGAUAUUGAUGAUUGGUCUAGUGUGGAGAUCUGUGGAGCAUCCAGGAAAGCUGCUGUUUGCCCCCAACUUAUUGUUGGACAGGAAUCAAGGAAAGUGCGUUGAAGGCAUGGUAGAAAUAUUUGACAUGCUGCUGGCCACUUCUUCUCGCUUUCGAAUGAUGAACGUCCAGGGGGAAGAAUUUGUAUGCCUUAAAUCUAUCAUCCUACUCAAUUCUGGGAUCUACACAUUUCUUUCUAGCACCUUGAAAUCCCUGGAGGAAAAAGAGCAUAUCCAUCGUGUUCUGGAUAAGAUUACUGACACUUUGAUGCAUUUAAUGGCCAAAUCUGGUCUUUCCCAACAGCAGCAACAUAGGCGCUUGGCUCAGCUCCUCCUCAUCCUUUCCCACAUCAGGCACAUGAGCAAUAAAGGGAUGGAGCACCUCUAUAACAUGAAGUGCAAGAAUGUGGUCCCACUUUACGAUUUAUUGCUGGAAAUGCUGGAUGCUCACCGUCUGCAUGCUCCUGCAGCUAGGAACACGCCCCACAAUGAAGAGGAGAUUUCAAACCAGCUGGCCAUGGCACCUGCUUCAAUGCAUUCCUUACCUCCCUGCUAUGUGAACAAACAGGAAGAUGAACCUGUGCAAGAAGCAGUCUGAAUUUAGAUUACCAACAGCCUACAGGAUUCUGAGCAUCCCAUCAAAAAACGCCAGGCUUAGAUGAACUGGUAUCAUGUCUAAGCACUCCAAUACUCAAUGAUCACUGGUGAUUUCCAAAACAAUGACGGUCAACUUCAUUAAUGGCAGAACAUUCAUAAUUUUGGACAUAAUAAGUGGUUUUAUAAACAAAAAAAGUGUGUUUGUGUUAGUAAAACACAAGCCUGAGGAUUUCUGUACUCUGUUUGCUGGUAUCAUAUAGAGAAAUUGGAUGAUCUUUGGUUUUUAAAUCAAUUGGGCAAAAAUCCCAGCUGAGUUGAGUAGAUGAUGUUUACAUUUAAUGUUUAUUGGCUGUUUGGUGGAUACAAGAAAAGUAUACCAACCAGAGACAGUAUACAAAGCAAUGGUGAUUAAGACUAAGAUUUGGUUAGACUCCCAUUUAAAAAAAAAAUUUAAGAGAAAAGAGAAGGGAAAAUAUGAAUUUAAGAUUUCCUUGUUGGGAUUCAUUCCUUUCAGUGACACAUAUACAAUAUUCAAAUAGAUUAAUCUUUCCCCUCAAACUUUGUAGAAUGGUCCAGUUUAUUUCAGCAAAAAAAUCCCCUCAGUUAACUUGUUAAGAUAAGUGUGAGAUGCUAAACUCUUGGGGUAUCCCCAGGGGGGAUGGCUCAGCCCUAAAGAGCUUACCAUAGUAAAGAUAAACAGGUGGACUGAAAAUUAAUAUUAUCAUUUUUAAAAACUGGCAUAACUCAAUUCAUUGGCCUGCCAAAUUCACAAUGAGGGUCCAAACGUAACAGAUGUCUCCCCUUAUCCAUUGGAGGGUGAAUUUCUGUGCUAACCAUUACAAAAGCUAAUAGACCAUAGCCCAAUUAAAAUAUGAAAUUGUAUCAAUUAAUUGUGAAUCACCUAAGGACCUCUAUCUGAAAAUAUAAUUGAUCAGUUUAUACAUAGUACACCAUCUACUUCAUACCUUAACUGACAGGUCACAUAAGAACUGUGAACACCCAACUGAUCAGGUGAAAAAUUAUGUCCGUGCUGCCAACUACCAGGAAUGGAAUGGUCUGCCCAUUCUACUUGUUCGCUUUCCACUGGAGGUAACUUUGUGGGAGAGCUGCACCUGCACAUAUUUAGGUGGUAUCUGAAAAUAACUUUCAGAAAAUUCCAGGUCUAUUCAAUCCAAUCAGCGCUCCACAAUAGGAAAGUCAUCUGUCUCCUUGAGAAAGGUCCUGGAUUUGCAUGUGAUGCUCCCCAGUAUCUGCCAAAGCAACAGAGUCCCAAAGGUGCUUUUUCAAGAGGCAACUGGACUUUCCGGGUUUUUCUUUGAAGACGUUUUGCUUCUCAGACAACUCCUUCCAUUCCCCAGCAUCCAGACAAGAGCUGAAGGAGCUUCUUGGAUGAGAAGCGAAACCUCUUCAAAAAAACAAAACGAAACCAGAAAGUUCAGUUGCCUCUUGAAAAAAAGCACCUUUGGGACAACCAUGAUCUGGAUGACUGAGAAUCUCUAUACACAAAACAACAGAGCCUUAUGUUGAGUCAUAACUGGUGGCAAGAGAACAACGAAGAAAGGACAAGAACGUUUUGCAAUGCAGCUGAGAUCACAUCCUGUCCUUUGGGUCCUACACAUAUUGACACCUUCCAAAGCGAAACGCACACAUCCAGGGCAGGGCAGGUCAAAAUCUACAAAUGAUCGACAGCAACCACUUUUGUUAAAAUGUAUUCCCUUCCCAAAUAUAUGCCUAAAUGUUGUGGAUCUCCUCUUGUUUUUAUAGUGCUCUUGCCAACACAUCUAGCCUGAACUUCGUUGCUAAUGGCCUUGCUUUUUAUUAAUAGCAUAAAGUACCUAUUUUCAAAACAGAAAAAGAACAAAAAUCAAUGGUCCUGCUUUGACAUUUGAUAUGAAGUGCCUUGCCAAAAAUGGGUACAGUUGUAUCCUUUGAAAUAAGACAAAAUGCCCACACUGUAUAUAUGCUGUAUAUACAAUAUAUUACAUUGUCCAUAUUAUAUUGUAAUAUAUUGCAUGAUCUAUUAACAACAAAAGGAGUUCUUGUAAGGCCAUAAUCAAAGAAUGCAAAUUUAUAUCCAGCCUUUUACUGCAAAUCUAGAUAUUUUUAACUGGGAGUUUAUCCCCACAGAAGCUGUUGGACAUACAGUACUUCUGAAUAGACAAGCAUAGGAUCAGGCUACAGUAAUAUAAUUCAGUAUUUCUAUUUUUAUAAAGGGAAACACUUUUGCUAUUUUUCUACUGGUUCCUUAAGGGUAGAAAGAUUUCAUUGUAUUUGUUGCUUUGGUUGCCCACCCGACCCAACCCUCCGGGCCCCAAUUCACUUCUGCUGGAUUGGAACUUCCAUCUAAGACCUAGAAAGAAUGCUUGGAAGCUUUCCUUCCCAUCCAAGUGAAUGGUGAACUUUUCAAGUACAGGACUACAAUAGGUCCUUUGUACGCCAAUUAGGUAGACUUCUGAGUAGAUAUAUGUAACCGUAACUCAGUUUCUGUCUAUCCUCACACAGUGCAAAGGAUUAAAAUUGGCCUCAGUCUAUUUAAGGAACCUACACUACAUCCAUUUUCCUAACAAACCUUGAUUUUGCCUUGACAUUAACAGGCAAAAGGGAUGCAAAUAAGGAAGCCAGAAAUGGCAAGGGAUAGGACUAGGCCCUUAGCACGGGAAGAAGUUUUUAGUUUUAAUGCCAGCAUACCUGGGACAGGUCCGGCUUGGGAAUUGAAAUCGCUUUUUGUUAAAUGUGUGAAACUUAAGAAAAAUAUCUAGUUGUCAUUAUUGUUAGUUUGCUGGAAGCAUUGUAUUAUCCUUAUUGCUAUUGUUUGUUGAAAGCACCUUACUGAAUGCAGUGUGUGUGUUUCUGUGCAUAUAAUACACACAUGCAAAGCUCACCUAUCAGACAACUGAAUGUAGCUCUUCUAUAUAACCAGACGACAGGUUAAAAUACAACAAAACCACAAGAAAAAAAAAACCCUUUUCAGUUA